UAAUCUGGGGGGAAAUCGAAAUUCUAAAGAAGAGAAACAAACAUCCAGUUUGACUUUGGAGACUGGGGGAAAGUCAAAUAUCGAACAGUCACGUUUUACUUUUUUUUUUUUUUUCCCAAAUACUUUAUGACUUUUUGUCCUCGGAGUUUUUUCGAUUGUUAAACCAGGUUGUGUCUUCCCUUGUGAUCUGUGGAUUGUACCUGCAGCGAUGGGCCGGGCCGGGAGAUGAGCAGCGGGCGGUGUGGGGGUGUCAGGGGCGCCAGAGGAGGUCCGGACGCUUAGGCCACAGGGUGAGAUAGGGCCAAGUCCCCCUCAUGAGUUGGACCCCUUCUGCACUCCCAUCCCCACCGACCCCCAUCCUCCCAGCAUCAGUGGGAUGUCCCAGGUGUUUCUCCUCUUGGCCUUGCUCAUGCUCUGCGGCUACACACAGGUCUCCUCGACUAACUCCCUGGAGCUUGUGAAGGAACAGUGGGGCAGCUACAAGAACCAGUGCCUGGACCACCUCAGCACCACACCCCCCGCCGCUGGGCUGGUGUGCAACCGGACCUUUGACCAGUAUGCCUGCUGGCCUGAUGGACUCCCAGGAACCACUGUCAAUGUCUCCUGCCCGUGGUUCCUACCAUGGUACCGUAAAGUCCAGCAGGGUGUGGUGUACAGGUUCUGUGGUACAGAUGGCCGCUGGGCACAGAAGAAUACCAGCGAAUGUGAGGAUGACCCUGGCCAGCAGCAGUAUGGCCGCAUCCUCAGUCAGUUCCGGGCCAUGUACACCGUGGGCUACUCACUCUCCCUGGGAGCUCUCAUCCUGGCCCUGGGAAUACUCAUCAGCUUCAGGAAGCUCCACUGCAUGAGGAACAACAUCCACAUGAACCUGUUUGCAUCCUUCAUCCUGAGAGCCGUGUCGAUUCUGGUGAAAGACGCCCUGCUGGACAUGCUGGCCCUCGCCCUGGACCCCCGGAGCAGCGCUGACCACCACACAGAAACAUGGGUUAACAUGCCGGCUGUGAUUUGGUGUCGUGGCGCCGUGGUGAUGAUGCAGUACAGUGUAAUGGCCAACAAUUACUGGCUGCUGGUGGAGGGCAUCUACCUGCACAGCCUGCUAGUUAUCACCGUAUUCAGCGAGAAGAAGUACUUCUACAUUUACUUGGCCAUCGGCUGGGGUGCACCACUGAUAUUCGUGUUGCCAUGGGUUACAGUGAAAUAUCUUUACGAGAACGAGGAGUGUUGGGAGAGGAAUACUAACAUGGGAUACUGGUGGAUCAUCCGUUCCCCUAUAUUGUUUGCUUAUCUGAUUAAUUUCUUCAUCUUCAUCCGGAUUAUCAAAAUCCUGAUGUCUAAACUCAAGGCUCAUCAGAUGAGAUACACUGACUACAAGUUCAGACUAGCCAAGUCCACACUGACUCUCAUCCCGCUGCUGGGGAUUCACGCCAUCCUCUUCACCUUUGUCAUCGACGAGUCGGUCCCAAAAGGCUCCAUGCUGCGCCUCAUACGCCUCUUCUGUGACCUCCUCUUCAACUCCUUCCAGGGGCUGCUGGUUGCCAUCCUGUACUGCUUCGUUAACAAAGAGGUCCAGUCAGAGAUGCUGAAGAAGUGGAAGAGGUGGAAGCUGGGUAAGGACAUUGACGAGGAGUACCGCCACACCCACAGCCACCCACCCACAGCCAAGAGCGGCAGCAUCGCCACCGGCAAUCUGCCCGAUCUCCAUGACGACAAUGCCAGCGACCCCAGUGGUGACUCCCAAGAGACACUGCGCAUCAAAGUUGACUCAGGCCUUUCCCCCUCCGCAGUGCUGGAAGAGAACCAGCAACUAGUCGUCUCCUACAGCAAUGGGACGGGGAAGGGCAAGGCUGCAAAGAGCAGACACACCUUGCAUUUCCCUUCUUUGCCACACCAGGGCGCUGUCAGUCACGCUAGCGCUACCACAGAGGACAUCUGUCUGGAGGAGAGGGUGCAGUGUCAUGCAUGCCCUCUGGAAGGAGAGAAGACUAAUGUGUGAGUCGAGGCCAAAGGACGACCUGCAUUGAGCCUCCACCACAUAAACUCUGAUUGUAAUUAGCAUUACGUCAGAAUGAUGUUUAUCAUGCGCCAAAGUGGCUGGUGAGUCGAAGCGGGAAGACAGUGAGGAGGCGCAACCUACUGAGCGGCAUUUUUAACUCGGCAACAAUAAUGUUUUAAACUGCCCAGCUGCAAAAGAUAUCGGUUUUGGGACCUUGAGCGAGAAGCACUUGUCGACUUCAGCCAUCAGGAACGAUUAAAUAAAUUACAUUGAAAUUCUAGUGGUGUUUCUGUGUAUGUGUGUUUGUG